CGCCUGUUCUAAGCGGGGAUCCCCAGAACAGACGACGCAGCUGCUGGGGUGAAGGAGGAAAGCGUGCGUCUUUUUAGUCUCCGCCCAAUGGGAAGCGGCGCUCGUGCGACCCUUUCUCUCGAAUCGCCAGGGGAUUGGCCGACAGGCGGCGGCCGUGGAAGGACAAGGCCCGCCUCUUCCGGCCCCUUGCAGCCUGGGGAAGCAUCCCGCGCGAGUUUGGGGGCGGUGGCAGCCGAAGGGAGAAGCGCGGCGACCGCUAAGGGGCGCGUGGGGGUGCGGGGAGCUCGAGUUUGAUGUACAGAAUCUGAAGGCCUUUGAGUAACAUGAAGAAGAGUAAAGGUCGAACAUGUCGAAAGAGGCGAAGAAAACAAUCAAGAAGUUUGUCUUUAUGUGGUGUAAAUCUUAGCCACAAACACGCAUAUGUGCUGCUAAAGAAAUGGCUGAAAGAAAGAGGCUAUGAAGAUAAUAAAUUACGGCCAGCACAAUUUUCAGAGACUGGAAGAGGAUUGAUGACCACAAAAGCUCUUCAGGCAGAAGAGCUGAUUAUUUCAUUGCCUGAAAAAUGCUUGCUCACCACUGAUACUGUCCUUAGCAGCAAUCUUGGAGAAUACAUCAUAAAAUGGAGACCCCCCAUUUCUCCUUUGGCAGCACUGUGUACAUUUUUAAUAGCAGAAAAGUGUGCUUGCAAGGAGGAAUCUCUGUGGAAGCCAUACCUGGAUCUCCUACCUGAAACAUAUACCUGCCCUGUUUAUUUGGAGCAAGAAACAGUGAACCUUUUCCCUGAGCCCUUAAGAAGAAAAGCCCUUGAGCAAAGAAGAUGGGUCCAGGAGCUGUUUGUUUCGUCCCAGCCAUUUUUCUUCUCCUUACAGCCUCUGUUUUCUGAAGACGUAGCAUCUGUCUUUAACUAUAGUGCCUUUCGUUGGGCUUGGUGCACCGUUAAUACCAGGACAGUGUAUAUGAAACAUUCUCAGGGGGACUGUUUUUCUAGGGAGUCAAAUACAUACGCCUUGGCUCCUUACUUGGAUCUGCUAAAUCACAAUCCAGCUGUUCAGGUGAAGGCUGCAUUUAAUGAGAAGACAAAGUGUUAUGAAAUAAGAACACUUUCAGGCUGUCAAAAAUACAAAGAAGUAUUUAUUUGUUAUGGCCCACAUGAUAAUCAGCGCCUGCUUCUCGAAUACGGUUUUGUUGCGAACUCUAAUCCACACAGCAGUGUGCAUGUUGGGACAGAAACCUUACUCAAAUAUAUCCUUCCAGAAGAUAAGCAGAGGCAUAUGAAACUUUCCAUUUUACAAGAAAACAACCUUUUAGAUAAUCUGACGUUUGACUGGGAUGGGCCAUCUUGGAGACUUCUUACGGCUCUCAAGCUGCUAUGUCUGGAAGCAGACCAAUUUACUUCCUGGAAGAAAGUGUUGCUUGGUGAUGUAAUUUCAAAGAGGAAUGAAAAGAAGAGUUUGGAUCUCACAACAAAAAUAUGUAUGUCAUUGACAGAGGAGACCCAGCAUGCCCUUCAGAAGAUUUCUCUGUUAAAAAGUGAUCGCCAUCAUCUUGCAAGCCAGCUAACUUUGGUUGAGGCGUUGCGUACAGAAGACCUAAAGAUCUUGCAAAUGUCAGCGGAGAUUCUUCAGCAUUUACAUUCCACCACAAUCUGACCUCCUUGGAACAGAGUUGCAUCACAGAAUAGAAUACCUGGUGUGCAGUGGACCAUAUAACACCAGUCCUAAAGGAUCUGUACUGGCUCCCAGUAUGUUUCUGAGCACAAUUCAAAGUGUUGGUGCUGACCAUUAAAACCAUAAACAGCCUUGACCCUGUAUACCUGAAGGAGCAUAUCCACCCACAUUGUUCAGCCUGGACAUAGAGAUCGAGCUCUGAGGGCCUUCUGGCGGUUCCCUUACUGCAAGAAGUGAGGUUACAGGGAACCAGGCAGAGGGCCUUCUCGGUAGUGGCACCUGCUCUGUGGAACGCCCUCCCAUCAGAUGUCAAGGAGAUAAAUAACACUGCAACUCUUAGAAGACAUCUGAAGGCAGCCCUGUAUCAGGAGGUUUUUUAAUGUUUGAUAUUUUAUUAUGUUUUUAUAUGUGUUGAAAGCUGCCCGGAGUGACUGGGGCAACUCAGCCAGAUGGACUGGGUAUAAAUAAUAAAUUAUUUAUUUAUUGGCAAAA